CAUAAAGAAGCGAGUUUUCUUUAUUACAUUUGAUAAACUGAAGGUUCAUGAUUUAAUAUUACAUAUAUUUUUUAAAAAGGUACUGAAUGUUUCGUAUUUUACCAAAUACAAAUGUGACGUCACAGCCCUACGAAUGUUUGUCGGCAAAAGUAUAAAAGAAGCCGACACUUUGUAACGCCGCUCUUUCGUCGAUUGUGAAUACGUUGAUUUGCUGCUCGUACGAAUCCUGUUGAUUUUCAAAUAUGGUGGAACAAGGACAAGGAUCGUCGGCUCUGACCUCUAAAUUGCUGGAACUUAUGCGGGCGACUGGAUAUCCCAUCGAGCAGAGGAACGGCCAGAGGAAGUUCGGACCACCGCCAGACUGUAAAGGGUUUGUGCCACCGAGAGGCUGCGAAGUCUUCAUUGGGAAGCUGCCUAGAGAGAUCUACGAGGAUGAGCUCGUCCCGAUAUUCUCCCAAAUUGGCAAAAUAUACGAGAUGCGACUAAUGAUGGAUUUCUCCGGUUCUAACAGAGGGUACGCGUUCGUGAAUUACAUGAGGAAACAGGAUGCCGAUCAAGCAGUCAAGAAACUGGAUGGAUUUGAAAUCCGACCCCAGCGGAAAAUCGGGGUUGUUAAGUCUGUAGAUAAUUGUCGCCUUUACAUAGGCGGUAUUCCGAAGACAAAAACGAAAGCGGAAGUAUUUGAAGAACUUGCUAAGCGAGUGCCCGGGCUCGUGGACGUGAUCUUAUACAAGAACUGUUUUGAUAAACGCCUCAACAGAGGUUUUGCCUUUGCGGAGUUCGAGUCUCACAGAGCGGCAGCUAUGGCAAGGCGAUCUCUCAUACCGGGAUGUGUAAAACUCUGGGAUCAUGAUGUGCUGGUUGACUGGGCGGAACCGGAGCCUUCUGUAAACGAAGAAGUAAUGAAAUCGGUAAAAGUCCUGUACGCCCGCAAUUUUCAAAUUCGUACAACGCCAGAGACUAUACAGACUGUGUUUGAGACUGCUAUCGAUCAAAAAAUCGAAAGAGUAAAAAAGAUAUAUGACUAUGCUUUUAUUCAUUUCUAUCAAAGGUCUCAUGCUGAGCUUGCUUUGACUAAAUUGCAAAAUACGGAAAUUGAUGGUAGCCAUAUUGAGAUUAAAUGGGCUAAACCUGUAGAUAGGGAUUUGUAUAGGGUACAAAAGCAAACUAAAGGCAAUGCUAAGUUUAACAACAGUCUUGGGCUUACACAAACACUUAUGCUCUAUAAACAGCAUGUGGAGAAGCGGGCAUAUGAGGAUACACACAAAGAAGAUGAAGGCAUUGGCUCUGCUUGUGCGGGGGAGUCCUGCUGCUCUCCCAUGGGUGGCUGCCAAUAUGUACCACCUCAAGACUCUUACCCAUUGGCUCCAGCUAAGCUUGAUGCCUUGUGCAAAAGGUACAUGUGGAUGCCACCAGUAUAUACAUACCAGAAGUACAUUGAUGCUGUUGGUGCUGAAGUUUGGGUGUCCUGUGUGGAGCUGCCUGAAGUCUGCCAGCCGUUAACAAUUGUGCCAAGGAAAAUUGGACCAUUGGUGACCAGGCCUUGCUACUCUUUCCAACAAGCAUAUGUUAAAGCGGCGGAGUUAGCACUAGAGACUAUUAAGAACUUUCAUGCAGAAGUGACUUGUCAAUCUACACCACCUGCGAUCCAGCCCACAUACACUUCAGUGUUAUCCCCCAUUCCAAAUUAUGUGGGAUAUAGAUAUGACUUUAACCACCCCAUGUACCACACACAGGCAAUGUCUGUUUCUCUUCCACCGGUCUGGACAUCUAAUAUUUUGUAA